AUGCGGUUCUCAGUUCAUCUGUACCAGAACCUCCAGAUUGAAAUUGCGCGUGCCAAAAUGGAACUCGCACAGAAGCGACUCGCGCUCCUGUUAGCCCAGGUUGAACUCGGGAAUGUCAAGGACGACGUGCGUUGCAGCGAGCCCGGCGAAGCUACGGCGCACGAAGGCGGAGACGCCGCGGACGUUACGGAUGUCCCGCAAUGUAGGCAGGGCCCCGACGUAGCUGAGGACGCGAACGCCACGCCGCCCGUAGCUACUAUCGACGACGAAUCGACAUAUGCGCUCGACAUUGAACCAACGAAGGUGCCCGGCGACGGUCCAGGCGGUGCGGACACGGACGAGAAUGACGAUGACACAUAUAGCCCAGCGGCGCUGGAUGAAAACAACGAGGUGGAAAGCCUCGUGCGGGAUGACGACGAAGACCCCGAGAUGAGUCCGAUUACGAUAAAAGCAGAAAGCGAGAAAGCGGAGAUGAGCGCGGCGCCAACGACCGAGGACGAAGAAGAUGCUAUGCCCAUCGGGCCGUUCAUUGACCGCGUACUGCGUUGGGCUGGUGCUGUUUGGUCCGACGCGGAGACCAGACCAGGCGUAGAUUUCGAGGCAGCGGCGGACCUAGCGACGGAGAUGAUAGGGUUCGAGGUCGUUAGCGUCCGCGAUAAUCAGGUCGCGCUCCGCGCACCUCUCGAUAUCAAGUCCGCCAAGCAAUGGGCGUCAAAGCAGCGGAUGCCAUCGAAGAUAUAUUCGACGGUCGCGGAACCAAACUACACGCAGCUAGUCGCCCAGACCUGGCGUCGUAUUCGUCAGCAGCCGUACGUGGAUGUCAUGAAGAUGACUGGCCGGUACGGGCUCAUCGGCGUCGUACGCGCCAUCUACCAGGCCAACGCCGUCGACCCGAAGAAGUGUGAGGACUUCCGCGCCCUCAUGCUCGACGCAGCGGACGCCUUGCGGGCCAUGCGUGCAACCAUCGGAGCCGUGCGCGACGCUCAGCCGGGGCCGGCGUCUGGCCUGACCACAACAGCAUCGAGUUCGCUCCUCGAAGUGCUGACGCAGCGCGACCCCAAGCAGACGGCACAGGCUACGGAGGUCAUUGACCGCAUGUGCAACGGAGACGUCAUCGAAAUCGAGAGCGAGGACGAAGAGCCGGCGCGUAGUUCCAAAAAGGGCGGCAGCCGCGGUAAGGUGGUGAAUGUCCCUACGAAGCGCAAGCCGGCUAGCACGCCGGGACCUUCGCCGAAGCCGAAGAGGCGCAGGUUUUAG